CAGACCAUCAAACAUCAACAACAACUCUAAGAGCCAGAUGGUAUGGAUUCGUUAAUGGUGUUGAAAAUGUUACAUACAAAGUCGGAAUCGGAUCUCAUCGUCUCGGAUCAGAUGUCAAUGAGCUGAUGGAGGUUGGCCAGGUUUUACAGCAUGAGUUUACUGGCCUACAUUUGCACGAACAUCAGAAGUAUUUUGUGACUGUCGUGGCUGCCACUGGUGCAGGAGAGAUGACGGUGUCCUCUGACGGUGUGACGGUUAUCAGGCCAAACGCUGAUGUCACAGAUGCCACUAUCAGAGAUGGACCAGGAUGCGGGAAUUCUGGACAGGAUGCUGAUUUAAAUACAAUGGACACCGAGGAUUGUGCCCGUGACCUGAGAUUCCAAAUCUCUACCUCAGCAUAUGCUGCCCACUGGAAUAGGAGCGUCAGUAGUAGCCUGAACUACCAGGAUGUACACUGGGGGUUACAAAUACGAUCUCCCUCUGCAGAUGUCUGGGACGCUUGAAGACAUUUCGAGCCCCUUGGGUCGACUGAGAGGCUCAUAGUUGGUAACUUAGCUUUAGAACCAGGACGAACCUUCAGGGCUGCAAUCAAGUUCUGUGCUGGUAAAGUCUGUACGAAGCCCAUCCAUAGUGAUGGUGUGACUGUCAUACCCCAUCCUCCAGCAGCUGGAAGCAUGGCAUUAACAUAUCAGGAAAUUGACGGGGGACAGGCUCAGGUAAAGGGUACUGUUACGGUUUCUAAAGUCUUAUGAGUCCCCUUUAAACCAGCAAAAUAUAAAACAAACAAGUCUAUAGUGUUCAAUUAUAUAUUCAUUAAACAAAAUACAC